GCAUGCAAGCCGCGGUACGCAACCAGCACUUCCGGAACAAAUUUAUUGUCCACUUUCGCUGGUUUUACCUGCGUUGUAGAGCAAAUCAACCAAAUGGUCUCCCGCAUUGCCAGUAAUACGAACCUUGCCCAGCGGGGGUUCGAACUGGGUCUUGAUCGGUACAUUUGCAAGAAUCCCUCCCAGGGCAAUUUUGUCUCUGACAAGCUGAUGGCAACUACUGUUGAGGCUAUUGCCGGUGCCGUCUUCGUAGAAAUAAGCUGGGUUCGAGUAGCAUUGCAGAGAAUUGUGGAUGCAUUAGGCCUGGCGUGGCCAGAUUCUUGA